AUGGACAGGCAAGACUCUAAUGGAGGACCUAUUCGACUACAUGGUGAUUCUCGAUCAACAACGACCACCUUUGGUGUGAUGGCUCCAACUGCUUUUACCCAGACGAGAGAGGCUGUCAACCAAGAGUUAGAUCGUUUGGAUGCGAAGGGAAUCAACAUGACCGAGGAUGAGACUAGGCGUUAUAGAGAAUUGUUAAAUAUUGCGACGGAACAAUCGCGAACACGUGACGGUAGGACUGCUGCAGUUGUGGCGCCUAGUACUGCAUACAGUUCAGCUGAAACAUCGAGGUUAUCUGCGGGAAAUCGCACAGAAACGUUGAUCGACGAUGUUGACGUAAGCCCUGGACGAAGCGCAAUGCGCGAGAAUAUAUCACCUGGAGAAUCAUAUGAACGAAAGAGUGUACAAUUCAAGGACGCCAAAGAUACAGAGCUACUGGAUUCACCAUCAAUUUAUGGUACCAAUGAAAUUUAUCGAGAUCCACGACAGCAACGGCUAAAUGAAUUACAGGAGCGACAGGAAACACAACGAGUACCAGACGGUCUGGGAUUCCGUGACAAAAUGCGAAUAUUCGCUACGCAACUUGGUGAGGGCACUCCAAAGCCUCGUUAUAGCGCUAGUAGCGCUGAACGACAAAUUCAAAACGAGCAGUGA